AUGGCCUCAUCAAUUGUCGAUCAUCAAUUUGCUCGAGAUGCGAAAGCCGUGCCCGAUUGUAAGCAAGACUUUGUCUCUGACGGGACGAAAGAUGCCGCAGAGCGUGGUCACCUUGCGACCGACCAGUAUGGACAUGCCUUGGUACAAUUCGACCCAGUGGCGGAGUCGCGCCUUCGAUUGAAGAUCGAUUUAUGCAUCGUGCCGACAGUAGCACUGAUGUAUCUUUUUUGCUUCAUCGAUCGUGCAAAUAUUGGCAAUGCAAAGCUUGCUGGUUUUAGUAAAGAUCUAGGACUAAAGGGCUACGACUACAACGUUGUUCUUUCCAUUUUCUUUAUUGCAUAUAUCAUCUUUGAGAUUCCCAGCAAUAUCGCGUGCAAGUGGAUCGGACCUGGCUGGUUUCUCCCAUCUCUUACCCUCGGAUUUGGCAUCUGCUCGGUCGCAACGGCUUUUGUCCAGGAUAUUCACGCUGCCUGCGGUGUUCGCUUCUUGUUAGGCAUGUUUGAAGCCGGUUUGCUGCCUGGCAUCGCGUACUACAUGAGUCGAUGGUACCGUCGCAGUGAGCUGGCUUUUCGACUGUCAUUGUACAUCGUGAUGGCGCCGCUCGCCGGGGCCUUUGGUGGUCUUCUGGCCUCCGGUAUACUGAAGUUGGAUCACUUUGGCAGCCUGCGAACCUGGCGGAUGCUAUUCGCCAUAGAAGGGCUCAUAACAAUCGGAAUUGCCCUCGUCGCGUUCGUGACGAUGACUGACCGGCCUGAAACUGCCAAAUGGCUGUCGCAGGAGGAGAAGGACCUGGCCAUUGCGCGAAUCAAGUCCGAGCGUGUCGGGAUGACUGAGAUACUAGAUCGAAUCGACCUACCGAAGACUCUUCGCGGCAUCUUUAGCCCAGUCACUCUGCCCACAGCAGCUAUAUUCCUUCUCAACAACAUCACUGUCCAAGGACUGGGAUUUUUUGCGCCAACCAUUGUCCAGACAAUCUACCCCAAAGCGACUGUGGUGUCGCAGCAACUUCACACCGUGCCCCCUUAUGUAGUUGGCGCUUUCUUCACUGUCUUGUUUCCAUUUCUCAGCUGGCGACUUGACCAGCGAUCAAUCUUUUUCGUGGUGACUCCGCCGUUGGUGAUGGCGGGCUACAUCAUGUUCCUUGCAAGCGAGGACUCGAUGGUUCGUUACGGGGCCACUUUCAUCAUUGCAUGUGGUGCCUUCUCAUUUGGUGCCCUUUGCAACGCGCAUGUCUCUGCGAAUGUAAUUUCUGACACGGCCAGGUCAUCGGCGAUUGGCACUGUUGUGAUGUUUGGCAACAUAGGCGGCUUGAUCUCAACCUGGUCAUUCUUGCCUUCCGAUGCGCCCAAUUAUCACAUUGGAAAUGGACUGAAUCUUGCAACUUCCUCGAUGACUCUUUUACUUGGUGCAGGUCUGUGGAUGUGGAUCGGAUGGGACAACCGACGACGACGCGAGGUCGAUGUGAACGCAUCAUUGGCUGGCCUCUCCCAGAAGCAGAUCCAGGACAUGGACUGGCGGAACCCUGCAUUCCGAUGGCGGCCAUGA